UUUUGUUUGAAAUUUGAAAGAGAAUUGAAAAAAUAUUAUAAAAAAGAAACCAGAUUGUUGCUAUAUAAAGGAAAGCUUUGAAGAAGCAAAAUAAAAGACCAGACCAGACCAGACUAAACCAGGCACAAAACUCAGAAAACUGCUUGUUUUGCUGCUUUUUGUUUGUGUUAUUGUUGUUAGCUUCACCGGCUUUUGGUUUAGUUUUUGGAAUAUUAAAAAAAAAAAACAUAUCUUUUGUUUUUCUUCUUUGGUUUUGGUGCUGGGUGCUUUGAACCUGUCAAAUGGACCGCGGGUGAUUCAUUGAAAUGGGAAAUACUUAAGCUUGGAUUCAUAAAAAAUUUUGCCCUUGUCUUUGCAUGUCAUAGAAACUCAAAAGAUCUGAAGGUGGUUUCUUUCAUGGCUUCUGGCAUUGAGAAUUGAAGCUUGGAAUUAUAAGGUUUUAGCUCAAAUGAGCCGUGUUUCAGAUAGAGGAGUAAAGUGUUUUGUAAUAACUCAAAAGGUGUAUCAAUAAAUGGAUUGAAUGAAAGGGUAGCAGUCCAUUUGGCUGCAAUGUUAAAAGCAUUAGCUCCUGGGCUGUUGAUUUCUUCGCUUCUAAUUUCAGUAUCCACGGCAGAUAAUGGCUUUCCGAGGUGUAAUUGUGAUGAUGAGGGGAGCUUUUGGAGCAUUGAAAGCAUCUUAGAGACUCAAAGAGUGAGUGAUUUCUUGAUUGCUGUGGCUUAUUUUUCGAUCCCUGUUGAGCUGCUUUACUUUGUUAGCUGCUCAAACUUGCCAUUCAAAUGGGUCCUCUUUCAGUUCAUAGCCUUCAUCGUGCUAUGUGGAUUGACCCAUUUGCUCAAUGGGUGGACCUAUGGCCCCCAUCCUUUUCAACUCAUGUUGGCUGUCACCGUGUUCAAGAUUCUCACUGCUUUGGUCUCAUGUGCCACUGCUAUUACGCUUAUCACGCUCAUUCCAUUGCUUCUGAAAGUCAAGGUGAGAGAAUUUAUGCUGAAGAAAAAGGCUUGGGAUCUUGGGCGGGAAGUUGGUAUUAUAAUGAAACAGAAGGAGACUGGUUUGCAUGUCCGCAUGCUUACUCAAGAAAUUCGGAAAUCAUUAGAUAGGCAUAACAUUUUAUACACAACAAUGGUAGAAUUGUCCAAGACAUUAGGUUUGCAAAAUUGUGCUGUUUGGAUGCCUAAUGAGAUCAAGACAGAGAUGAAUCUGACUCAUGAACUCAAAGAAAGGAAUUAUUCAUAUAAUUUUACCAUUCCCAUUACUGAUCCAGAUGUUGUAAGGAUUAAAGGAAGCAGUGGAGUGAAUAUCCUCAAGUCAGAAUCUGCGCUUGCAAUUGCAAGCAAUAGAGAGUAUGGUGAGCCAGGAGCAGUGGCUGCAAUUCGGAUGCCAAUGCUUCGGGUAUCGAAUUUUAAAGGGGGAACUCCUGAGCUAGUUCAGACAUGUUAUUCCAUAUUGGUUUGUGUUCUUCCUAGUGAACAACAUAGAUCAUGGAGCAACCAGGAACUAGAGAUAGUUAAGGUGGUUGCUGAUCAGGUGGCUGUUGCGCUCUCUCAUGCUGCAGUUCUUGAAGAGUCCCAACUCAUGCGGGAGAAAUUGGUUGAGCAAAACCGGGCAUUACAACUGGCACAGCAGAAUGCUAUGAGGGCAAGCCAGGCUAGAAAUACAUUUCAGAAGGUAAUGAGUGAUGGAAUGAGGAGGCCUAUGCACUCGAUUUUAGGCUUGCUCUCAAUGAUGCAGGAUGGGAAUUUGAGCAAUGAUCAACGAACUAUUGUUGAUUCUAUGAUGAAGACCAGCAAUGUCCUAUCAACCUUGAUAAACGAUGUGAUGGAUAUUUCAACAAUGGAUCGUGGAAGAUCCCCAUUGGAGAAGAGAUCUUUUCGAUUACAUUCCAUGAUAAAAGAAGCAGCUUGCCUUGCUAAAUGCUUGUGUGUUUCUAGGGGUUUUGGUUUUUCAAUUGAGGUUGAGAAGUCCUUGCCUGAUCUUGUUUUUGGUGAUGAAAGGAGAGUUUUUCAGGUGAUACUGCAUAUGGUUGGGAGCCUAUUUGAUGGCAAUAGUGGAGGGGGAACUGUAAUACUUCGGGUGUUCUCAGAGAAUGGUACUCAGGAACAGAAUGAUUUGAGACGGGCAGCCUGGAGGCACAGCUCUUCUGAUGCAGAUGUACAUAUCAGGUUUGAAAUUAGGAUUGACAAUGGAAAUUCUCAAUCAGAGGGCUGCUCAACGUCAGAAGUACAGAUCAGUGCAAGAAGACACAACAGCCAAGGAACUGAGGAAAGCUUGAGCUUCAGCAUUUGCCAAAAGCUAGUGCAGCUGAUGCAUGGGAAUAUCUUGGUAGUCCAAAACCCUCAAGGUUCUGCUCAAAGCAUGGCACUUGUUAUUCGGUUUCAAGUUCGACCAUCCAUCAGUAUAACUAUCACAGAUUCUGGAGAAUCUUCAGAACAGCCACGCUCCAACUCUCUUUUCAGAGGUUUGCAAGUUUUACUAGCUGAUGAUGACGAUGUGAACUGUGCUGAGACUCGAAAGCUUCUUGAGAAGUUGGGAUGCACUGUUUCUGUUGUUUCAUCUGGAUAUCAAUGCCUCAAUGCUAUUGGGCAAGCCUCAUCUCCUUUUCAGAUUGUUAUUUUGGAGCUUCAGAUGCCUGAGUUGGAUGGAUUUGAAGUUGCAAUGAGAAUUCGGAAGUUCAGAAGUCAUAAUUGGCCAUUGAUUGUUGCCAUGACUGCUAGUGCCGAAGAAGAUAUCUGGGAAAAAUGUUUGCAGAUUGGUAUAAAUGGAGUUAUUCGAAAACCAGUGCUAUUACAAGAGAUUGCCAUUGAGCUUCGGAAAGUCCUGAUGCAGGUAAACAAAAUUGUGUGAUGACUCAUGCUGUAAGUUGCAUAACUCAAGCAGCCUUGAAUCUUUCAAAUCAAAAUGGGGAUAGACAAAGAUAACAUCUUGUGAGAGAUUCCCCACUGUGCUACCUGCACAGAGAUGUUACACAUACGACGACAUUCACAGUCAAAAUGGUAUACAAAGUUAGUUCCCUUAUCUUUUCCCCCACUUAAUGUGUUAAAAGCUCUUGUGCAAUUGCCUGGAUAGCUUCAGAUCUAAUCAUUAGUUUACUGGAAUUCUCUUCAACACAUCAUUUUGAUAAAAUAGAUUACGUGUACAGUGCAAAACUAGCUAGAUUAAGUUAUUGCCGCUCUUAAUACAGUUGUUAGAGUAGUCAGGAACGUACUAAAAUGUUCUCUAGAAUACAUGCAACUUGGCGAUUGUAAGGCUGUUCAUCAUGUGCAGUUUCAAAAACAAAUAGUUCACAGACAAUUCAAAAUCUCCCUUGGUGAAAAAUUAUGCGAAAUUUAUAUAUCUUGGAAGUUCUUCAUCAGCCUGCUUUGUUUCCUGCUAGUUCUGUCUUUAGCCGCAAUUGAAAUUUCUGGUAGUUACAUGAUGUCUAUUUGCAAUGUAGCUAACAAGUCUAGUUUUGAUUAACCAAUGUUUUGCGCUAUUCCCUCUUUGAUCUUAGUACAAAAUUGCUACUCACUACGACAAAGUUGACAUUCUUGCAAGAAUUACAAUCUUUUUUUUUCUUUUUUAGGAUUCCAGUCGGUCACUAAAACUAGAAACGUCUUAU